UUUUCUAAAGAGUUGGUAUUGCACUUGUUUUAGGACGGAAAUUCAAAUGCCUCUUCCGGAAAGUCGUUUGUGAUAAGAGCUGAUCAGUGCGUUGCUUUGUAACUUCUGUAUCUUUAUUUUUCUCUCGUUUAUAUAUUAUGUUUUAUGACUGGAAUGGUAACGAAUUUAUUGGUCUGUUUUCCUUUCGUUUAUUUUUCAUCAUGUAACAAAACAUGACAAACUGAACGUACCUUGUCAGACGGAGGAAUUUUCAUGAGAAUUCAAACUGUGAGUUCGUUUGUGUUGGACAGUUCCUGAGGAGUUUGUGUUGGACAAUGAUCCUGAGCGAGUUUCGUUGAUAGAUUUUCUUUUGUAAAUCAUCUGUAUUUCAGGGCGUUGCUGAUUGUGUUAGGUGUAGACAUUAAUUUUUCCUUGAUUGUGUCAGAAGAAUCCGAGGACGACUUGAAGUGACUUGAAAUAUCUUUUUUAAUUGGAAGCUGGGAUUGAAGCUGAGCCCGACGGUCCAUGAUCGACUUAUCUGCCCACUCGAUCCAUCAUCGAGGCACACGAAAAAACCUUGCAGAUCGGCUGUUGUCUCAUCGUCAAAAUAAUACCGAGGAGAAGUUUCGUCUUGACUUCAAUUGAGGGCAUAUUUGCAAAAGAGUCAUGGAAACCAAAAAAGAUUGCAAAUUACCCGCUAGCACCAGCGAGAGGAAGAAGCCUGAACUCAAUCCACCACUUCUAAAGAAAUGUGAUUCGUCAAAAUCCUCGCAGAGCCGGAAAUGGUACCGACAAGCUGAACAUAGGGUUUUUGUGAAUCGUAGUUUACAUUUGGAAAAUAUCAAGUUCUAUGGAUUUGAUAUGGAUUAUACCUUGGCCGAAUAUAAAUCCCCACAAUAUGAACGCCUGGGCUUCAAUCUGGUAAAGGAACGAUUGGUUUCUUUGGGGUACCCCGUAGAAAUCAGAGAAUUUGUUUAUGAUCCUUCUUUUCCUGUAAGAGGUCUCUGGUUUGAUUCUCUAUAUGGAAAUCUUUUGAAAGUUGAUGCUUACGGAAAUAUAUUGGUAUGCGUUCAUGGGUUUGAAUUUUUGAAGCAGUCACAAGUCUAUGAAUUAUAUCCUAAUAAAUUUCUCCAAUUGGAUGAAUCUCGAGUGUAUGUGUUAAACACUCUUUUUAACCUGCCAGAGACCUAUUUGUUAGCAUGUCUUGUUGACUUCUUCACAAAUUCACCACAAUAUACCAGGGAGAAAACAGGUGUGAAAGGAGGUGAUUUAUUUAUGUCCUUCAGAUCUAUUUUCCAAGACGUUCGAAAUGCUGUCGACUGGGUUCACAUUCAGCCUGAUGAACCUCAUCGUGACUGGAAAACCUAUUUUGAUAUAAUUGUUGUUGAUGCUAGAAAGCCAUUAUUUUUUGGUGAAGGUACUAUUUUACGGCAAGUUGAUACAUCCACAGGUGCUCUGAGAGUUGGAACUCAUAUGGGACCUCUACAAAGGUCAUGCGAUGUCUUCACAGAACUCAUUGGUGCUAAAGGAAAGGAUGUUCUUUAUAUUGGUGAUCAUAUAUAUGGAGACAUUUUGAAGUCUAAGAAAAUACGUGGAUGGAGGACAUUCUUAAUCAUACCUGAAUUGAUUCAGGAACUUCAUGUGUGGACGGAUAAAUGCUCACUAUUUUCAGAAUUGCAGGCUUUAGAUGUUAAACUUGGAGAUUUAUAUAAGAAUUUGGAUAGCAGCACCAAAGAGAAGCCAGAUAUUUCAACUUUGAGAGAUGAUAUAAGGGAUGUAACUCACAAAAUGGAUAUGUCUUAUGGUUUGAUGGGCAGUCUGUUUCGAAGUGGCUCUCGUCAGACAUUCUUCUCCUCCCAGGUUGUUCGUUAUGCGGAUUUGUAUGCUGCAACAUUUCUUAAUCUCAUUUACUAUCCCUUUUGUUACAUGUUUCGUGCACCAUCUAUGUUGAUGCCUCAUGAAUCGACUGUUGCUCAUGAACAAAGAUUUGUUAUGGAUAGCCCAAUGAUAUCUCGAUCCAGAACAUUCACUAGCAUUGAUGAUGAGGAAUGUGUUGCUGAAAAUCCGAAGGUCUUAGAAAGGUCACCAAGUCAGAUACCUCAUGCUCGCCCAGAAACACCCAGGUGUGUCACCCACAAUCACGAUGAAGAUUACACUGAUGAAGAAUCUGAUGGAAAAGUAAAUGAAGACAGGGUAAGCAGCAAAGUGAAUCAUGAAAGAGAAGAUUUACAGAGAAGUGAAAGUAGUGAAUCAUGCAAUUCCAAUGGU